GUUAGCACAUGCAAUCACCUCAUUAUUGUCUGCUGCCACGCAAUUUACAUCGGAGGAUCUCAUGAUGGAUUUUCUGAAGAUGAAUGGUGAGCAUUUAGAAUCAACUUCCCUGGAACGUACGAGUAACGGUAUCUGUCAACAUAGGCUACUCGAGCCGUUUCAACGGGGAGAAACCCCAACAUUUAUGAACCACGCCAAAACAGGACUGAGAGCCCUAUCCAUGGACCCGUAUGCAUUGCUCGUGUUUUCGGGAAAGUAUGCGAUUGACUCAAUAUCCCAGAAUUUGGCGAGAGACAACCACUUUUUCCAAGAUCAGUAUGAAAUACCAGCAUCGAGAAUCAUCGUGGAACCCCACGCCACGGAUUCCUAUCAGAAUGUCCUUUUCUCACUGCUUCAAUUUCGACUGUACACAGGCGUCUACCCUCGCAGAGUUACUGUUGUGACGCACGAUUUCAAGAGGGCUCGAUUCAUGGAAUGCCAUUUUCCUGCCCUGGGAUUAUUGCCUAUAACAUCAACAUCUACAGCAGAGAUAUUUACGACAGAACGAGAUAAUGCUCGCGUUACGGUGAUUGGCAUCAAUCCGCCCGAGGAAGUGACGCCAGUGGAAUCUCUUGUCCGGGGAGAAUUGAAGAGAGGGAUUGGGCUAUGGAGAUCUGAUCCAUAUGGCGUUGGGCCGGAAUUGUCUGUGAAGAGGAGGAAGCGCGGUUGGUGUCCUGGUAUGGAACAGGUGUCUUUUGAUGGACUGGAGGAUGUUGUGCAGGAGUUGAUCUGCUGGGAUAAACAGGAGUGGUUUCCUAAGAUGGAGGAAUUACCUUGGUUUGGUUUAGAGUCGUAA